AUGGCAGAAGAGAAAUUCGAUGAUAAUAUGUCGGAAAUGAUGGUUGAUAUAGAUGCUUCUGAAGCAUUUUGCAGGCAGGAAGAGCAGCAGCCGCAGCAGGAGCAACAGGAGGAACAACUGGAAAAUCUGAUGAACGUCGGUGAAAUAUCUACUAUCCAACUAUCUACUCUGGAACCUUUGUUUCGUGAGGAAUAUGUUGUUCCAAACGUCAUGGAUUAUGGAGAACAAGAUGAUUCCCUUGUCAAUGUACUUCAAAAUGCUUUCCGUUAUGAGCAACGAGGAAUGCUUCAAACAAGGAGAAAUCUGGAAGAUAGUGGUAUAUUUACCAUUACUUCCAUGCAGAUCGAGGAAAUUAAUACCGAUGAAGAAAUAGCUGGAACGAAUAGAAACAACAAUACGGAAAUAAAGGAAGUAUCAAUGGAACAGGAGAAUGAACAUGAGCCAAUCCCAACAAAAAUCAAUACGCCACCAGUAGUUGAUCAUCAAACUGAAAUAAUUGACAGUGGGAGAUCUGAACUAGUCGAAGUUACUGUUGGGAACGACCAUGCUGUUCUCACCAAACAUAGUGAUUCACUUCAUUCUCCGGAUACCGCUAGUGAAGAGUUUACCUCAACACAUCGUAUGCUUACCCGUUCUGCAGCCAAAGCCGCUAAAUUAGCAUCUAGCUCAUCGAAUGCUGAUAAAACACCGGAAAAACGUAAGAGAAGUGAAGUAAGUCCAACAUCCAGUUGCAAUGCGACAUCAGCUCGAACCUUGUCAGCUAAAAAGGUGGCGAAGAAACCAAGACGUUCCAACACGGAACAAAAAUAA